AUGUCCAUUCCCGACAAUCCCUUCCAGCCCCCCACAAAUCCCAACCUUCCCGCACUCCAAGUUGAGCCUGCGGACCACAGCGAGCAGGGCAGUCCUAUCCGCACCUCUAGUGGCUCAGAUUCUCCCCCUCGCCUCGGCACCUCUCCCGGGACUGGUGCCGCCUCCCCACUGCCUCCUUCAGGGGGCUUGCAGCCGCCUCUCCCUGCUGUAGCGAGGACACCACGACGUGUGCAAUGGACUUCCGACUCCCACAUUGUUCAAAUGCCGACCGACCCCUCUCCCCAGGCAGCAGACCCGCAAACACUAGACUCCACCAAUAUCGACUCGUUCCGUGAUGCGCUUGAGCGCCACCGAUCUGGUGUUAGUGGCCUUGCUGCAUCGCGCCGUGGUAGACCCGGCAGUCAGCUCAGCAGGCAGAGCAGUGCGAGUGAUACUCUUACUCAUCACGACGAAGAAGAUUACGAUUACCGUACUGACGUCGAUCCUCCCGAGCGUCCACAGAUCGAGAGAGAGGGGAGUGAUGAGACGGCCUACGAAAACAACCUGCUCGAUCAUGGCAUGCGCGAUCAUCUCUCUCAUGCGCAAUACAUUGCCCCAGGAGAGACUGACGGUCUCCCCAGCAUCCCACAACAGUCGGCCAAUCCCGGUGAGACAGACGCGGCUCGGGAUCUGGUGCGAGCGCAUACCGGCAAGUGGGGUGUUUUGAGAAGGCGAGUGAGGGGUGCAGGUGGUGUGAAGGCCGCGCUGGGCAGUAAUCUUGCCGAGCGAAGGGAGGGAGGGGAUGCGGAAAAGCAAGGUGAAGAGGGAAGGGCUUCGCAAAAUGCGUUCGCUGCGAGAUAUCCCGAGCCCAGGCGUCCUUCAACCGCAGGGUUGGGUAUGAGCGGAGUCCCCCAAGGAACCUCGGUACUCUCAUCCCUUCUUGCGCUUUAUGGACAACAGCCAGGCAGUGGUGGCCAGUCCGGCAACACGUCCGCCGCCAGCUCUCGUCGAGGGUCAGAUGAUGACCUGUCUGAAGACGACCGCAGGUCCAACCAAGGCAGGCAUGACUGGAGGAACAUUACAAGGCGAUCCACCGCGGAAGAAGAAGGUCCUCGGGAAGUCCAGAUCCACGACGAGUCUCAUCCCGCCAAUGUCGCGGCCGGCAUCGAGCAGCCCAUGUCUCCUACUUCGCCCACUUCGCCCAUGAGCGGUGGGGACGACGACUAUAUCCGACCGGACGGCACCCCGGCUUCUCCCGGGUUCAAAGGUUUCUUCAAACGAGCCAAGGACCAAAUUCAGUACACUCGUCCCGACGCUGCGCGUAACGGUGCAGGAGUGUUUGGUGCUCUCAUUCAGAACACUCAAAACUUGUCUGGCGCUGCUACACCAGCGGCUUCUACUUUGGCGCCAGCUGCGAAGCGACCGGGCUACCAGCUUAGCAGAUACUCUAUGCCUGACGCUAACGCCGUGCCAAAGGGUCCGUGGCGUCCACCUUCUCGACCGAGCUCGAGAGCCGGUUCUCGUCCCGCUUCUGUUCAUACUUCUGCCUCUCGCGACGGAGAUUCUCUCAGAGAAAACAACACCGAACAGGGUAACAACUUUGGGCACAAAAAGGCUGUGUCGAGCGACGACAUUAUGGGUAUGCGCCAGGGCAACGAAAGUGCCGUGUCGCUCAAGAAGAAGCGCCCAAAGUCUGGUCUGCACCUUGACCAACUCGCUCACCUUCCUGUUGCCGCUGUAAAGGGCGGUGUCAAGGGUGGCGGCAAGGCUAUCAAGAGCGCAGACAAGUGGUUGCUGGGCGGCAAGUCGCCUUUGAGUGGCUUGACCCCUGAUGAGAAGGGCGGCCAUGAUUACUUUAGUCGACCAUUGACCGAGGAGGAAAGGAAGAGGAAGGAGUGGGAGGCAGAGAAGAAGAAGAGGAAGAAGGCUAGGGACGCGAGGAAGAAGCAAGAGAUUUUCAUAAUUCAACACGUUGCCGCUAUUCUGUCCAGGCAGCAGUUCUUGCUCAAGCUCGCUCGUGCUUUGAUGAUGUUCGGUUCACCUUCUCAUCGUCUCGAGACUCAGAUCCAAGCCACGGCCAAGGUCCUUGAACUCAACUGUCAAGUCGUCUACCUUCCAGGUACCAUGUUGGUCUCUUUCGGUGACGAUGCUACCCACACCUCCGAGACCAAGUUCUUGAAACAGACCACCGGUCUCGACUUGGGCAAACUCCAAGCUACUCAUCACCUCUACUGGAACGUCGUACAUGACAAGAUGUCUGUCGAGCAGGCUAGCAAAGAUCUCGAUGUCCUCAUGACUUCCCCCGUGUACUACACUUGGUGGCAGACUCUGAUCAUUGGUGGUCUUUGUUCUGCCUUCAUUUGUGUCAUGGCUUUCUACGGCUCUUUCGUCGACGCCCUCAUGUCUAUCCCACUCGGUGUCCUCCUUGUCGGUGUUCAGAUGCUCGCGGCCCGAAACGACAUGUUCUCCAACGUCUUUGAAAUCACCAUCGCCACCGUUAUCUCGUUCAUAUCAGCUGCUCUGGCGUCGAGUGGAGUGUUUUGUUACACUGCGCUAGUCAGUGGUGGUGUCGUGCUGAUAUUGCCGGGCUACAUCGUCUUGUCUGGUGCUUUGGAGUUGGCCUCCAGGAACAUCACAGCCGGUGCCGUGCGAAUUGGAUACAGUGUCAUUUACUCGCUGUUCUUGGGUUUCGGUAUCUCAAUGGGUGCUGUGCUGUAUUCCAAGAUCACAUCGCAGGAUGUGCUCAAUGCUAGCGACUACACAUGUGCCAACACGCACGAUAAUCACGCCUGGUAUCAGAUCACGCCUUCCGCUUAUUGGUAUUUCCUUUGUGCUCCUGGAUUCUCGGCUGGUCUUUCCCUCAGAAAUCAGCAACCCCUGUGGGCCAAGGAGUUCCCAGUCAUGGUUUUGAUCUCGUGUGCUGGCUGGACUAGUAAUCACUUUGCGUCCUUCGCUUUCAGCGGCCGAUCCGAUUUGACCUCGGCCAUUGGCAGUUUCGUUGUCGGUACAUUGGGAAGCAUCUACGGCCGUUUCUCCAAUGGUUCGUCGUUCCCUGUCACUGUCCCCGGUAUCCUCAUUCAGCUGCCGUCUGGUCUUUCCAACGGUGGUAUUUUCAACUUUGCCUCCGAGUCUUCCAGCGGCUCCAGUACCGCUUACAGUGAUGGAUUCUCUGUGGCCGAGCAACUUGUAGCUGUCGCUAUCGGAUUGACUGUCGGUCUUUUCGUCAGCGCUGCUAUGUGCCAUCCCUUCGGUGGUGGUAGGAGACGAGGAGCUGGUAUCUUCUCUUUCUAA